AUGGCAGCGGCUGGCGCGGUGCAAGCGGCGGCAGCUGGUGAUCGGCAGAUGGCGGCUGCGGGCGCUGAAGGCGAUGCAGCACAGGCGCUUGGGGCGAGAGGAGAUGCAGCUGAGGGAGGCCUGGAACUGGUUGGACAAGAACUUGUACCAGCUUCUCAAGCCUUGGCCUUGAGGACACCGGAUGGGUUGGAGAAAGGGCGAGGGUCAGACGCUGCAAAGGGCUCUAGGUCACCAAGGGCAGCCACAGAACCAGUUAGCCAGGGUCAGAAGUCAAAGGAGGGUUCAGUCAGAGGCCAAAAAGGAACCCCAAAAGAAAUAGAACCAGAGAAGCGUCAAGAGAUGGCAACACCCAGUGGACAGCCAGUUUCACUAGGUCCCCAUUCCUUUGUGACACCAGAGGGACAGGUCCAAAGUAUGUUGCCACUUUUUUCACCAGAGCAGACGGUGAAACUUCAUGAGAUCCACCAGAUGCCUUUUGCAUCGCCUGCGGCUUCAUGGAAUGGUCCUGCGGUUGGAGAACAUGGACACGGGGGAGCUGAGCGACAAGCAGUUCCAGGUUGGUUCACAGGGUUGCUUCAAUCAGUAGGAUCUCAGCAAGGUGAACAUGAGGCGAGGCAAAGGGAUUACAUGUGGAGAAUGCAAGUUGAGCAUGGCAUAGAACAUCUAGGGGUUCAGUUGCGUGCGGCACAGCAUGAAAACCAAAGACUUCGUCAAGAGCGUCAAGAGUUGUUGGAAGCCUUGGAAAAGAAGGGAUCGUCGAGGUUUACCACACCAGAUGACAAAGCAGCCAACAUGUUGAAAAAGGAGGAAGGGGCAGAGUCCCGGCAAGAAAGACCUUCCAAGGAGGAAGGGGCAGGUGCCCGGCAAGGAACACCUUCUAAGGAGGAAGGGGCAGAGGCCCGGCAAGACAGAUCUUCUCAGGAGGAUGGGGCAGAAGCCCGGCAAGAACAGUCAGAGAGCGAUUCGUCUUCUGAGGAGCCGCAAAGAGCAAGCAGGCCAAAGGAGAGCGUUGACAAGCAGUCCAUGAGGAUCAUGCUCAAGUUGAUGGAGGGCAUGCAGGAGCUUCAGAAACAGAUUGUGAUCUCCAAGGAGGAAGGAAAAGGUGAUGAGAUUGAAGUGGUGCGCUAUGUGGCGGAUCUCCCAAAACUUGCUGAAUGGAAUCCGGAGACGGCGCCCAUCGAUUUUGGUGAUUGGGUGAUUUGUCUGCAUCCUCAUAUGGCAGACUUGAGCUCAACGAGUGAGAUGUGGUGGGACUUGACCCUCUCAACAGCGAGGACUUGGUAUGAUCACCACAUGAAGCUAUCGCCAAUUGAGAGGUUGACGAGCACACCAAGGCCUACACCAGAGUUGCAGCAGAAGAAGUGGUCCCGGCUGGAAAGAAGGGCUUCGUCCUUGCUCUUGAAUGCGUUGCCGCAGACGAUGAAAGAGGAGGUGAUUGCGGCGAAGUCCAUCACAGCUUUGGGCAUUUUGUCUCGUGCGAUGCUGCAGUUUCAACCUGGAGGGCUGACAGAGAGAAGCGCUAUUUUGACGGCGCUGGAAGCACCUAUGGAAGCUGCAACCGUGGGUUCAGCCAUCCAACAGCUGAGACGUUGGAUGAGAUGGAAGCGCCGGGCCCUUGAAGUUGGAGUUUCAAUUCCAGACAGUUCAAUUUUGAUGAAGGGAUUGGGACGUUUGGUGAGGAAAAUUGUUUCCAGUUACCCAGAUCUCAACUUCCGCUUGUCGUUGGUCAAGAGCUCAUUGUUGGUGGAGACAGUUCCAACGUUGGAGACAGUGACCCAGUACAGCGAACACCUUCUUGCAGAGCUGGAGCAGAUGGGACAGCAGGCAAAAAGGAAGGAAGUGAUGGCAGAGAGCCAGCCAAAGGUGAAGAAGUUUGAGGAAGCCUCGGGAAGCAAGCCUGAAGAAAGGACCAGGCCGAAGGGGAAGCCUCAAGAGGAGUUUGAAGGGAGGAGGAAACCAUGUAGGUUUUACCUCACAGACUCAGGUUGCCGAAGAGGUAGAGGAUGUCCUUUUGGACACCAGUUGGAUGGAGAAAGAAGGUGUUGGACAUGUGGAGGAAAGGACCAUAUGGCCACAGCCUGUCCGACCACAGAGGAGUCCAAGCCGAAGGCAGCAAAGUUUGGUUCCAAGACCCCAGAGAAGGAUGUGAAGUCCGCUACAACAUCUCCUGAAAAGUCCGAGGAGCAGUCUGAGGCCACGGGUAAUGGAGGAGAAGAAACUAUGAAGUCGUUGCUGGAUGAAGCAAGUCGGAUGCUCAAAUCAAUGAAUGAAGGAGAUGUCAAAGAAAAGAGACAGAAAGGGGAGGACGCACAAGAAAGGAUCUUGGGCCUACAGAAGCAGCUGGAUGAGCUCAAGAAGGCUUCUAUGCGACCCUUUCGCAUCUCCAAGUUGUGCCCAAUGGUGAACAAGGGCUUACUGGACUCAGGGGCAACACACCCUUUGCGAGCCAAAAGAAAGGGAGAACGUCUUCACCAUCUACCAAAGGUCAAGGUGACGCUGGCAGGUGACAAGGAGAUCUAUAUGGCACUCACUCCAACGGGAGUCAUUGUGGGCGAAGAAGGCACGGAGCCCAUAGUGCCCAUGGGAUUGCUGACUGCAGUCCUUGGAUGUGAAAUCUCAUGGAAGCCAGAAGGUCUUCAGGUGGUGCACCCAGUGCUUGGCAAGUUGGAGGUGGUGGUUGAAGCUGGAUGUCCAAUGGUAUCACAGUCCACGGCCAUGAAGCUCAUCGAGGAGAUUGAGGCCAAGGCCGUGAAGGCCUACCCGCUCUUGUUGAGGGCAGCUUUGGAUGGAUUGGUGAAGGGUUGGAUAGCCGGGCCUCUGAGAAGUUGGAAUGGAGGGGAGUUUGGCAUAGAAGGGCUUUCGAACUUUGAGAAAGAGCAGGUCACCUUGGAUGACACGUUGCUCAUGCGGUUUUUGGUUCUCUACAUUGUGUCAGAGACGGUGCGCAGAGCAGCUGGGCUAGAGACACCCACCACUUUGAUCCUGGAGCAGCCUGCCUCACCUGAACACAAGCCUGAAGUGGUGUCGCUUUGGAGAACACCUCAAUGGAAGAGCUUGGCCGAGAUCUAUGAGCUGCAGACCCAGCGUUUUGACCAGUCAGAGUUUGGGGCCAUAGCUACAAAGCCAACGACUAUAGGAGGAAAUCUGCCACUUCAAGUACCACUUCAAGGAAAGAAAGGGCAACCACGUGAUGUCUCUGGAAUGACCAAGGCAGAGAUCUGCGAAUCGUCCAGGAGAUUGUCACGGUGGCCACCCUUGAUGAUGAGGUCCAUUGCUGUUGCUCUCCAAACCUGCACCAUGGGCGAAGAGGUCAAGUUACGGGCAGUUUCAUGGCAGGAGCACAUUGCAGCAGGCCAUACUCCUUUUAGAAGAGAUUGCAGAGUGUGCCAAGAGGCCUGUGCGCGUGAUGCUCAUCAUCGGCGGCAGAAAUUGCCACCAAAGGCGGGUGUCCUUAGUGUGGACAUCUCAGGACCUUUCAAAGAAGCACCUGAUUUGCAGAAGAAGAAGGCGAAGUAUCUCCUGGUAGCCAGCUUCACUUGGACAGCCAGGAACCAAGAUGGAGAGGAGGAGGUUGAGGAGAUACCUGAAGUUCCCCCAGAUGCGCCGGAGAUUGAGGAUCCAGAAGCAGAGGAGGAGCUACAGCAGAUUGCAGAUCAGGUUGAAAACCCAGAAGAAGGCCCAAAGGAGGACACAUCAGAGGAGCUUGAAGAAAGAAAGCCGGUGAGGAUUGAGGUCACCAAGCUUUGCGAGCCUUUGGCAUCAAGGAGCCAAGAGGAUGUGUCCAGGGCGAUCAUCAACAUGUACAUGCGUCUGAGAGCAGACGGGUAUCGAGUGACACAGCUGCAUAGCGACAGAGGAGCUGAGUUCAGAUCGAGGAUUUUGGAAAAAUGGUGCCUGUCACGCACCAUCCUUCAGACGUUUACGCCUGGGGAUCAGCCCCAAAUGAAUGGACGUUGUGAAGCGAUUGUCCAGCACAUCAAGGCAGCCAUCAGGCGGACACUUCAUGGAGCUGAAGCACCUUUUGAUCGCUGGCCAAUUGCGCUGACGAAGAUGGUCAUGCAGGGCUUGAGUGAACCACCAAAGUUGGAGGAUUGGAUUGGAGUUGAAGAUGCCUUGAACCCAAUCGAAGAGAGGAGAAGAAUCAGACACAAAGCGUCCAUAUACAUGCUGGAGGUUGAGGACGCCGUGGAAGCAGAUGAACUUGAGAACCAAGAAGGAGAUGGCAGAUCACCAAGUUUUGAGGAGGAAGAAAAGGAUGCAUGGGCCAAGAAACAAAGGGUCCAACGUUUGAUAGAGGAGGAGAUGGUUGAGGCCAUGGAAGAUGAUGAGAAAGUUGCUGGCAUGGUGCUGGAUUCCAUCACCAUGGUCAAAGAGUUGAUUGGACCUGAGAAAGGAGAAGAAGUUUUGCAGACACGCAUUGUGUCACAAGCUGAAGUUCGCCGUUCCAUUGAGGCUUGGAGGCCAUCCAUCGAGAAAGAGCUGACCUCCUUGUUUGAGACGAAAGGGGCGCUGAGAAAGAUCACAGAAGCUGAGGUGAAGAAGCUGCUUGACGAAGAUCGAGCAGAACUUAUCCCUAGCAAGCUGGUCUUCACAGUCAAGCCAGAUCAGACCAACAAGGGUGGCAAGAAAAAGACACGAUUGAAAGAGAAGAAGGGCAAGAUCUCUUUGCAGGCGGAGCAUCAGCAGUGGCACUUCGAGCUGCAUUGA